GCUUGUCGCCCACUUGGCCGUCACGUCCCGUCCCGUUCCGGCCCGUCAAAAUACGGAUAGGAUUAAAACCAUGCAAAUGAAUAGACUAUCGCACAUUAGCCCGUCACGGCACGGAACGGCGAGUCCGUCGACGGAACAGAUUCCAGCUCUCCGACUCUCCCCGUCAAAUGACGGCCCGUGCCGGGACGGGCCGGGACGGGCCGGCCAAGUGUGCGUGAAGCCGGCCGUCGCCGGCCGGCGCUGGCCUGCACCAACUUGUGGAAGCCUGUCGAUCGCAUAUACAUAUGUUUUGCAAUUAUUUCGGCAGUUGUUGUUGUUGAGUCCGAGAAAGCAGUCCUAAGAAAAAAAAUUAAAAAUGGACGAUGAAAAAUUAAUUUGUUUAGUACAAAAAUAUAGGGAAAUUUAUGAUAUAACUGAUAGUGCUUAUCAUAACCAGCAACAAAAGGACAACAUAUGGGAGGAAAUCGCUGGAGAAAUAAACAGACCCGUUACCGAAUGCAAGAAAAGAUGGAGCACGUUAAGAGAUACCUAUCGAAAAUCUCUUAGGUCUCAGAGAACUAAAAGUGGUGAAGGAGCAAAAAAAAAAAAGAUUUGGCGAUAUGACAAACACAUGUCUUUUUUGCGAUGUUUUUUAGUAGACAGACAGCAAAUUAGUAAUGUUGAGCAGUGUGAUUCAUCAGAAGAUGAAACACAGGAGCGGGAAGAAGACAGUAAUGUCACAGAUGAUGUUAGCAGUCCCAGCAGUAUUCCAAAAGGUCCUUCUACAUCCAAACCUUGCAGUUCUGCCUCUAACACAUCUCAAACAUCAACUCAUAAAGGGUCAAAACAGGCAAAAAAAACACUUUCAUCAGCAGAAGUGCUUCAUGAUUAUUUAAAAGAAAAAAACAGUCAAAAAAAAACACCACUAGAAAGACAGAACGCUUCAGAUGCUAUAUCAAAAUUUUUUGAUUGUAUGGCAGAAACAGUUAAAACAUUGUCUCCUCAGUUACAAAUUGAAGUCAAAUCAAAAGUUUUUGCAAUAGUUAGUGAUGCAGAAAUAAAAAAUCUAAAUUUUAGCCCGAUAAGUCCAACCACCAGCCAAAAAGUUACUUUAAUUUCUAAUCAACCACCUCGAUCUACAAAUGUUCCUCAACAAAAUAGGGUCACAAUGCCACAACCACAUUUUCACCAGCAACAGCAGCAUCAGUUGCCAUAUCCGCAGCCUCAAACACAGCACUCACCAGCCAUAUCACCAAAGCCCUUUUCACAAUCACAAUCACUCUUAUCAUCAUAUUCUCAGCAACACAUACCAUUUGCUUCUGUUCUACAACCUACCACCAGUUUCACCGAACAUUUUGAUGACAAUAACGAUGAUAAUGAUCUUACACAGAUCUAGAAUGCUAUUUCGUAUUCUAUAGUCGGUGGUGUUAGUGACAUUAAACACCAAAAUAUUUCACUUCCGGAUACCAGCACCAAAUUUUGUUAAAAACAGUUUUUACACAUAUAAGAGAUUGAAAAAACUAUCCGAAGACUGGGGGUAAGUCUCCUGUAUUUUGGGUGGUUGUAAAUAUUUUUACACAAACGCCACGGACUAUUAUGCUUUAUAUUUAGAACAAUUAAUAUUAUUUGUUGGUAAUUAUCAAAGAAUGUUUUUUUAUUUCGUUUUUUUUAAGAAAAGAAUAUUACUUUUGUGCUUUGACAUUUAUAAUAAACAUUAAUAAGCUAAAAUACCGAUUUAUUACUUACCUUAAUGCUACGGCAAGCCUUUCUUCUUUCGAUAUUGCUCUUCGAAAUGAGGAAUUUUGAAAUGAUAAAUCAGGCUCUAAAAUAUCAAGCAGUUCUAGGAAUUUAUUAUGCGACAUUCUAAAAUAUUGAAAAAAUUUCUUUUCAUCUUCUUUUAAAUCGUUAAAUAAAUGAUGGAAUUCUCCGAGUUCAGCCCUCUUUUGAUUAAUGGGAUGGACCCACAUCUUUCUCUUUAUCUUCUUUUUAUUUUCUUCUUCUUCUGCCAAAAAUGCGGCCGCUACAAUAACUUCUUCAU